UGUUAGCUGGUGAACUAAAAAAUGAAGAAUAAAGGGGAAAGUUAGAGUGUGGGUAGGUGUACGCAAAGAAAGCCAACGCGAUACGCAGAAGAACGUUUGAUUCUUUUCUUUGUUCGAUGAGAGCCCGCGUCUCUGCUUCGUCUUCCUCCUAGAUUAUCUCAUACCCAUUUUCAGAAAACACAGGGACGAGGACGAUAGCCAUGAUAACUCGUUCCAAUCUUGCAGAGCAGCUAAGAGAGUAUCAAAUUCGAUCCAAACACGACUGGGCUUCCGUCUCCUUCUUCUCUUCCACCUCCAAUCUCACUUCUUCAAGGGUAGAUGUUGUGAUUUUUGUAAUAUGGGAGCUGGUCAUUAUAGCUUUCUUGGUUUUUUCAGCUGUUUCUUUAUACUAUAGGCACUUACGUCUUGCGUUUAUCUUGGUUUGCAUCACAAUGCUUUUGCUUUUGUGCAUUAAAAUUACAAAGCAAGUGAGAUUGGCAAGAAAAAAGAGACGAAGAAUGCUUCUUCCCUUGUCUAUGUAAUACCAGUUGAAGUCACUCACACUACCCCCAUUUUGAUGUGUAAAGCAUGAGAAUUCUUGGGUGUUUCACUACCCCUGCACUCCUAGUUCAAACAUACAAAUGUGUAAUCGCGCAGGAUCAGUAUUAAUUCUUUCAGAAGAUGCUGAUGGCAAAAUUUGUUCUUAUCAUUCAGAACAGUGAAGUGAAAUGUUUUUAUUGAAUGGAAGAACAAUAUAGUGAGGCAAUUAGUUAUUUGGUUUUUUUUUUUGGAUGAAUAUAUAUGUUCUUCAGUUCCCUGUUUGCUAUUUAUAAAGUGGGCUGAACUUAUUUUUCCUUUUAA